UACAGGCUUGUUCUCUUGAGCUCGCAUCUCUGAAACAGGUCUUGCAGAAGAAUAAAUGGGACACAGUAACAAUGUAACAGAAUUUGUCCUCCUGGGACUCACUCAGGACCCUGAGGGCCAAAAAGUGUUAUUUGUCAUGUUUUUGCUCAUCUACAUUGUCACGAUGGUGGGCAACCUGCUCAUUGUCAUGACUGUUAUUGUCAACCCAUCCCUUGGCUCUCCCAUGUACUUCUUCCUUGCCUAUCUGUCACUCAUGGAUGCUGUUUAUUCCACUGCCAUUUCCCCCAAAAUGAUUCUAGACUUACUCUGUGAUAAAAAGACUAUUUCCUUCUUGGCUUGCAUGGGCCAGCUCUUUAUAGAACACUUAUUUGGUGGUGCCGAGGUCUUUUUUCUGGUGGCAAUGGCCUAUGAUCGCUAUGUGGCCAUCUGUAAGCCACUACAUUACUUGACCACCAUGAAUCGACAGGUUUGCAUUCUGUUACUGGUGGUGGCCUGGGUUGGAGGUUUUUUGCACUCUUUGGUUCAACUUCUCUUUGUGUGCAGCCUCCCCUUCUGUGGCCCCAACAUCAUAGAUCACUUCUGCUGUGAUAUAUACCCAUUAUUGGAGCUCGCUUGCACUGACACCUAUUUUAUAGGCCUCACUGUUGUUGCCAAUGGUGGAGCCAUCUGUAUGACAAUUUUUGUCCUUCUACUAAUCUCCUAUGGGGUCAUCCUAAGCUCCCUGAAGACUCACAGUCAGGAAGGGAGGCACAAAGCCCUGUCUACCUGCAGCUCCCACAUCACAGUGGUUGUCCUCUUUUGUGUGCCAUGUAUUUUCAUGUACGUUAGACCUCUUUCCAAAUUUCCCAUUGACAAAUCCAUGACUGUGGUUUAUACAGUUAUUACUCUCAUCUUGAAUCCUCUGAUAUACACCCUGAGAAAUUCUGAGAUGAAAAAUGCUAUGGAAAAAAUCUGGGGUAGAAAGUUAACCACAGGUAGAGUAAGAAUGAGCAUCCACACUGAAAAUAACAUUGCUAAUUCUAAAGCAAGAAAUAGGCAACGAAUGAUCACAAUGAAUGAUUAAGUCAAUUCAAUGGAUUCUCUAGGAAUACUUCCCUUUAUUGACAAAAGGCAUCCAAAAUGUAGAAUAAAUUAUUCUUUGACAUUAGAAUUAAACUAGUAGAGACAUUCUGGAGG